AUGAAACAACCUGUCAGCAGUACGUCGCCACAUUAUGAACCAGGCUCGUUCAACUUUACAUCUCGACUAGAGCUCGAAGCCAAAUCUAACCUGCUUCGCUCAAGAAGUGAUACAUGUCUUGGAAAAUGUCGAAGUCAGACCGACAGCCUUCCUAGAAUCCACACUAUCAUUAAUCCAUGGACCCUACCGACUAUUGACUUUACUCUUCACGGCUAUAAACCCAAGUACGAGCCCAAGUACUCACUGUUGGAAGCAAAGACGAGUCUACAUCCUAAUAAAAAGCGAAGAAACAAGGAAUUUGUAAAGAUACCCAUACCAAAAGUGUUAGAAAAACCUGUUGGUAAAGAAACCCCAUUCGUAACGUCAUUUCGUUCACCGAGUGCGAAAACUGCAAGGAUAAUGGGGGUGAAAGAAGGCGUGCAUCCCGCAGGACCCUACAAACCAUUGGGUCCUCAUGCAUUCAGAGGGGAUAAUUUUCGACCGGUGAGU